AUGGAGCAGCAGCGUCCACACCCCCAACGCGCCCUCUCCUCGCACCCCGUCGUGUCGCCCGACUACACGCUGCGGCCAGCGCGCGAAUCCGACAUCCCAGCCCUCAACGCCAUCCACGCCCACUACGUCGCCCACACGGUCGCCACCUUCGCCACGACGCCUCUCAGCGACGCCGGCUUCCUCGCCGCGUUCGGCGCCGUCCGCGCCGCGGGGCUGCCCUACCUCGUCGCGGCCGACGCCUUCAACACGCCCAUCGGCUACGCCAGCGCCGCGCCCUUCCGCGGCGCCGAGGCCGCCUACCGCCAGACGGUCGAGUUCGCCGUCUUCUGCCACCCGGACAGCACGGGCAAAGGGAUCGGCUCGGCGCUGCUGCAGCGGCUGCUGGACGUGCUGAGGAGUCCGGAGGAGUGGGGCGAGGACUGGAUCGGGGAGGCGUGGCGCGGCGACGAGGGCAGGGUGAGGCAGGUGAUUGGGUGCAUGGCGCUGGAUGAGACGGGGAGGAGGGGCGGGUGGGGGCUGAAGGAGUACUAUGAGGGGUUUGGCUUCGAGCACGCGGGGACGCUCAAGGAGGUGGGGCGGAAGUUUGGGAGGUGGAUCGAUACGGUGUAUGUCCAGCUCUCUUUGUGA